AUGCAUUUUGAGCAUGGGAUUUAAAACAGAGAUAGACUACCUUAUUCCACUGUCUUCUUCGAAGGUGGUGGAAAUUGCUUAGAGAUGCUAGAACUACAUUUUCAUGUAAAGCUCAUCUUCCAACAAGGUAAAUUCAUUUCUCUAGCAUAUCAGCAAGAUUUGCCUGCAAAAUCUUGAAAUUUUGUUACACUUCACCCUCUCACACUUAUCCAUUCAGAAACUUUGAUCUUUAUAUUUAUAUGUAUAGUGUUGUCGAGCUCCAUUCUAUUUUAGUUUUCAUAGAAUUGUCUCUCAAUAAAGUGGAAACAUCGCAUUUGAUCUAAUGCGACAUGCAACUGAACUUGUCCAUUAUUCAUUUUUUUCCGAAUUUAGGUGCUACUUGCUAGAUAGUGGCACAAGCAUCAUCCCUGUUUCUAUGCUUUUCUGAACUUGUAGUAUUUUGACGUGCCUUAUGACAUAUAUUUGCACAUCUGAAUUUACAUAAAUAUGAUAUGACUGACUUGGCACAGAAUAUGCUAAUGUUCUAGACAAAUUUCAUUGUCUGCAAAAGGGAGAUGUUUUUAUAUGUUCUGAUUAUUAAUCUGUUCUCCUCCGUGAUGUAGAAUCAAGCAAGAAUGGCAAUUGGCACUUGUCAAUGUCCUUACUGCAAUGACUUGUAAUGGAAUAAUUGUUUGGUCCCUUGCACCUUGUCGUUCAUAUGGGAAUACAUUCCGCUUUGACUUGGAAAAUACAAUUCAGAAACUUCCCAAUAAUAUUUUUGAGAAUAGCUAUCCUAUGAGAGAAUUUGACUUGCAGAAGAGAAUUUACUCUUUCUUCUACAAAGCAGCAGAAUUUUCUUUACUGGGACUAGCUGCAGGGACAAUUCAAGGUGCUAUAACAAAAGAUUUUGCUGCCAAGAAGGAGGGAAGGUUAUCAGUGACAAUUCCUUCUGCAAGUAGCAAUGCUCUUGGUUAUGGUGCUUUUUAGGAUUAUAUGCAAACAUGCGCUAUCAACUUUUAAAUGGGAUUGAUAGAACUAUGCUCAACCACUUCGAUGUUCUUGGAGUUGCAAUCUUCUUUAGUACAAC